ACUGUCACAGCCCAGAGGAGCUCUGAGGGGACACGAUGGCUGCAUGUCACGUGGGGGCCUGGCCGGAGCCCUGGGGCAGCAGAAGGGGGAAGGCUUUCCGGUCGGCAUGGAGAGCUGGACAAGGGCCUGAAGGAAGCUCGCCGAGCGGGCGCCACGCUCGGAUCAUCUCAGCUCCACCCGCUCCACAGGGCCCAGGCGGCACAGGAACACGUGGAAUUCACAACAGAAACAGCCUCCGCCAGUCAAGAAACCCUCAAAAGUAUUUUGCCAUGGAUGUAGAAGAUGAAGAAAACAUGAGUUCGAGCAGCACAGAUGUUAAGGAAAACUGCAAUCUGGACGGCGCGCCCCCCAAGGACGGCAGCGCCCCAGGGCCUGGUGAGGGUGCCCCGCUCUCCAACGGGGGCGGCGGGGGCACCAGCAGGAAGCGGGCCCUGGACGAGGGCAGCAACGGCCAUGCCAAGUUCCGCCUGAAGAAGCGGAGGAGGGCGCCGGGGCCCGCACUGCCCAAGAACGCGCUGAUGCAGCUGAACGAGAUCAAGCCCGGCCUGCAGUACACGCUGCUGUCGCAGACGGGGCCAGUACACGCGCCCCUCUUCCUCAUGUCCGUCGAGGUCAACGGACAGGUGUUCGAGGGCUCCGGCCCCACGAAGAAGAAGGCCAAGCUGCACGCGGCUGAGAAGGCCCUGCGCUCAUUCGUCCAGUUCCCCAACGCCUCCGAGGCUCACCUGGCUAUGGGCCGCAGCCUGUCCACCAACGCGGACUUUACAUCUGACCAGGCCGACUUCCCUGACGCGCUCUUCAACGGCUUCGAGACGCCCGACAGGUCGGAGGUGCCCUUCUACCUGGGCUCCAAUGGCGAUGAUUCCUUCAGCUCCAGUGGGGACCUCAGCCUGGCCGCGUCCCCAGUGCCCGCCGGCCUGGCCCAGCCGCCCCUGCCUGGGCCCCCGCCUUUCCCACCGCCCAGCGGGAAGAACCCUGUGAUGAUCUUGAACGAGCUGCGCCCGGGACUCAAGUAUGACUUCCUCUCAGAGAGUGGGGAGAGCCAUGCCAAGAACUUCGUCAUGUCCGUGGUCGUGGACGGCCAGUUCUUUGAAGGCUCUGGGAGGAACAAAAAGCUGGCCAAGGCCCGGGCCGCACAGUCCGCCCUGGCGACUAUCUUUAACUUGCACUUGGAUCAAACCCCGUCUCGCCAGCCCAUCCCCAGCGAGGGCCUGCAGCUGCACCUGCCACAGGUCCUGGCCGAUGCCGUGGCCCGCCUGGUGCUGGAUAAGUUUGGGGACCUGACAGACAGCUUCGCCUCCCCUCACGCGCGCAGGAAGGUCCUUGCUGGAAUCGUCAUGACAACAGGCACAGAUGUGAAGGACGCCAAGGUGAUCAGCAUCUCCACGGGAACAAAGUGCAUCAACGGCGAGUACAUGAGUGACCGGGGGCUCGCACUUAACGACUGCCACGCGGAGAUCAUAGCCCGCAGAUCCCUGCUGAGGUUUCUCUACACGCAGCUUGAGCUUUACUUAAAUAGCAGAGAUGAUCAAAAGAGAUCCAUCUUUGAGAAGUCCGAGCGGGGCGGCUUCAAGCUGAAGGAGAAUGUCCAGUUCCACCUGUACAUCAGCACCUCCCCCUGCGGGGACGCCAGGAUCUUCUCACCACAUGAACCCAUCCUGGAAGAGCCAGCAGACAGACAUCCGAACCGAAAAGCCCGUGGACAGCUGCGGACGAAGAUAGAGUCUGGUGAGGGGACCAUCCCCGUUCGCUCCAAUGCCAGCGUCCAGACGUGGGACGGGGUGCUGCAGGGGGAGCGGCUGCUCACCAUGUCCUGCAGCGACAAGAUGGCCAGGUGGAAUGUGGUGGGCAUCCAGGGGUCCCUGCUCAGCAUCUUCGUAGAGCCCAUUUACUUCUCCAGCAUCAUUCUGGGCAGCCUGUACCACGGGGACCACCUCUCCAGGGCCAUGUACCAGCGCAUCUCCAACAUUGAGGACCUGCCCCCGCUGUACACCCUCAACAAGCCUCUGCUCAGCGGCAUCAGCAACGCGGAGGCGCGGCAGCCAGGGAAGGCCCCCAACUUCAGCGUCAACUGGACGGUGGGCGAUUCAGCCAUCGAGGUCAUCAACGCCACCACGGGGAAGGACGAGCUGGGCCGCGCCUCGCGCCUGUGUAAGCACGCGUUGUACUGUCGCUGGAUGCGUGUGCACGGCAAGGUUCCCUCCAACUUACUGCGCUCCAGGAUCACCAAACCCAACGUGUACCACGAGUCCAAGCUGGUUGCCAAGGAGUACCAGGCUGCCAAGGCCAGUCUGUUCAGAGCCUUCAUCAAGGCCGGGCUGGGCGCCUGGGUGGAGAAGCCCACGGAACAGGACCAGUUCGCACUCACACCCUGACAGCGUGCAGCGCAGCCCCAACCCCACAGCCGGG